UGCUAAUUAGCAAUCUAUCGUGCUCUGAACGCCUGUGUAUGUAAUGGAAAAAGGCCACCAGAAACGUGUUGUCACUGAAAAAAUACUGUCGGCUGCAACUGUGAUAAAGCCGGUAAACAGUGUACAGUGUAUAUUUUGCGAUAAAUUAUUUGAAUGUUAUAUGAACGAACGUAACCGGCUUCUGUUUCUAGAACCGUAUUCCAAUUGAGAAUCGAUCCACGUUUCAAUGGAAUAGUUUGAUGCCAGAGCCAGUCUACCUCUAAAAUAACAUACAAGGUCCUUGAACCUUAAGACAGGCUCCUUAUUAAGAGUGUGAUGCAUGUGCCACUGCGCUGGGUGCUGUGGGAUGUGAAAGACACCCUGCUGAAGGUGCGCAGGUCUGUCGGGGAGCAGUACUGCCAGGAGGUCCAGCGAACAGCAGGUUUCAGUCUUAACCCUACAGAGGUGGAGGCUGCCUUCCGCCAGUCCUUCCACCAGUACUCCAAACUCUACCCCAACUACGGUACGGCCAAGGGCCUGGGGGGGAAGGCCUGGUGGAUGGGAGUGGUUCGGGACACCUUCGCCCAGUGUAGAGUACAGGACGCAGCCCUACUGGACACACUGGCCCACAACUUGUAUCAUGGCUUCUGCAGCCCUAAUAACUGGGAGGUAUUUCCAGACUCGGCGAAGACCCUGGAGAGCAUAUCCUCCCUGGGACUGAAGCAGGGUGUGGUGUCCAACUUUGACAAUCGCCUGGAGGGGAUUCUACGAGGCUGUGGCCUUCUGUCUCACUUUAGCUUCCUGCUCACCUCAGAGGAGGCCGGUAUAGCCAAGCCUAACCCAGCCAUCUUCCACCGGGCACUAGAGAAAUGUGGCGUAACAGCCGCGAGUGUAGCUCACAUUGGGGACCAUUAUGUCUAUGACUAUGUGACCUCUCGGUCACUGGGCCUCCAUGGGUACUUGCUGGACAGACAGGGCAGGAAUAAAUACCCUGAUGUUCCCCCACAGCAUCGACUAAAGACCCUGGAGGAGCUACCUGCACGUCUCCAGCAACAUAUGGACUAAAUGUUAUCUAUUACACAAGUAAACUCUAGCCAGGACUCAAACAAACCGCACUGUUUCACUGCACUUGACAUUAAAGUAUAAAAACUAUAUAUAAAAGCCAAGCCUUAAUCUAUGGCAGUGAAACUAGCCCCAAAACUUAACAUAUGCAAUGACCACUUUUAGAUUAUCUAAAUAUGUACGUAUAAUUUAUCUAAUGUUUUUGUAACUUAUUUCGCCAAUAUAUAUCACAUUGUGACACCCUCCAAUUAAUGUAUUAUGUUCAAUAAAUAAAAAUGCCUGUUCUACA